AUGGGAAGACAUUACCUGUUGAUAACACAGACUAUUUUCAUGAUCAUGGGAGGUGUGAGAGAACUGCUGCUCUUUGUGUUGACUGUGGGGGUUGUGAAAGUUUCUUGUUACCCUGUUGGAAAGUCCCAGAAGCAAGAGCAAGUCUCUCUGCAGAGGAGACUUGGAGAGCUGUCAUCAAAUGACGUCUCCAUUGUGCAUGCCCUGGCCUUGCUCCGAUCCAUAGGGUCUGACGCUAAACAAGACAGAGAUGAGUAUUUCGAGACUAAUGAAGUAGAAUCCCAAGCUUCUCCAAACCAUGGUAGCUCUCUGGCAAAUGAUAACCUGUCCUCUGACGACGCUACCUCUGAAGCUGCCACUGGCCCGUCUGACGACGCUACCUCUGAAGCUGCCACUGGCCCGUCUGACGACGCUACCUCUGAAGCUGCCACUGGCCCGUCUGACGACGCUACCUCUGAAGCUGCCACUGGCCCGUCUGACGACGUUACCUCUGAAGCUGCCACUGGCCCGUCGGACGACGCUACCUCUGAAGCUGCCACUGGCCCGUCGGACGACGCUACCUCUGAAGCUGCCACUGGCCCGUCGUACGACGCUACCUCUGAAGCUGCCACUGGCCCGUCGGACGACGCUACCUCUGAAGCUGCCACUGGCCCGUCGGACGACGCUACCUCUGAAGCUGCCAAUGGCCCGUCGGACGACGCUACCUCUGAAGCUGCCACUGGCCCGUCGGACGACGCUACCUCUGAAGCUGCCACUGGCCCGUCGGACGACGCUACCUCUGAAGCUGCCACUGGCCCGUCGGACGACGCUACCUCUGAAGCUGCCACUGGCCCGUCGGACGACGCUACCUCUGAAGCUGCCACUGGCCCGUCGGACGACGCUACCUCUGAAGCUGCCACUGGCCCGUCGGACGACGCUACCUCUGAAGCUGCCACUGGCCCGUCGGACGACGCUACCUCUGAAGCUGCCACUGGCCCGUCGGACGACGCUACCUCUGAAGCUGCCACUGGCCCGUCGGACGACGCUACCUCUGAAGCUGCCACUGGCCCGUCGGACGACGCUACCUCUGAAGCUGCCACUGGCCCGUCGGACGACGCUACCUCUGAAGCUGCCACUGGCCCGUCGGACGACGCUACCUCUGAAGCUGCCACUGGCCCGUCGGACGACGCUACCUCUGAAGCUGCCACUGGCCCGUCGGACGACGCUACCUCUGAAGCUGCCACUGGCCCGUCGGACGACGCUACCUCUGAAGCUGCCACUGGCCCGUCGGACGACGCUACCUCUGAAGCUGCCACUGGCCCGUCGGACGACGCUACCUCUGAAGCUGCCACUGGCCCGUCGGACGACGCUACCUCUGAAGCUGCCACUGGCCCGUCGGACGACGCUACCUCUGAAGCUGCCACUGGCCCGUCGGACGACGCUACCUCUGAAGCUGCCACUGGCCCGUCGGACGACGCUACCUCUGAAGCUGCCACUGGCCCGUCGGACGACGCUACCUCUGAAGCUGCCACUGGCCCGUCGGACGACGCUACCUCUGAAGCUGCCACUGGCCCGUCGGACGACGCUACCUCUGAAGCUGCCACUGGCCCGUCGGACGACGCUACCUCUGAAGCUGCCACUGGCCCGUCGGACGACGCUACCUCUGAAGCUGCCACUGGCCCGUCGGACGACGCUACCUCUGAAGCUGCCACUGGCCCGUCGGACGACGCUACCUCUGAAGCUGCCACUGGCCCGUCGGACGACGCUACCUCUGAAGCUGCCACUGGCCCGUCGGACGACGCUACCUCUGAAGCUGCCACUGGCCCGUCGGACGACGCUACCUCUGAAGCUGCCACUGGCCCGUCGGACGACGCUACCUCUGAAGCUGCCACUGGCCCGUCGGACGACGCUACCUCUGAAGCUGCCACUGGCCCGUCGGACGACGCUACCUCUGAAGCUGCCACUGGCCCGUCGGACGACGCUACCUCUGAAGCUGCCACUGGCCCGUCGGACGACGCUACCUCUGAAGCUUGCCACCGGCCCGUCUGACCAUGCCAUUGAGGAACUGUUGACUUCUGCAUCUCAGCCCCCGUUGACCACAAACAUGGAUAUCUGAUGUGGGACAUGAUGCUCGGGGUCCAUGCAAGAGUUCAUUGGUUUUUUGUCCAGGUUGUGUGUGUGUAACUGCAAUUUCUUGUUUUGGCUCAAUUAAACGCUAACUGUAAUAA